GCGCAGAUCAGUUCUACAAAGUCACGUGAUUUCGGGGAAAAGGCUUGUCUCUGGUGAAGCAGCAGCUCAGAGCCCAACACACCGGUGUCAGACCCUGUUCAGUCCGCAGUCACCGCGGAGGAAACACAACUGAGUCCCUGUUUGUGUUAUUUUAACUUUGAAAGAGACAUGGCUGGAGGGAGAAUGCGCUCCACUCGCAGACUGCGCACCUGGAUCGUUGAGCAGGUGAGCAGUGGGAAAUACCCGGGUUUGAUGUGGGACGAUGAGGCCAAAACCAUGUUCCGUAUCCCGUGGAAGCAUGCUGGGAAACAGGAUUUCCGUAAAGACGAGGACGCCGCCAUCUUUAAGGCAUGGGCGGAGUUUAAAGGCAAACUAAGAGACGGAGGCCAAGACAACCCAGCGUCCUGGAAGACCCGCCUCCGCUGUGCUUUGAACAAGAGUCCAGAGUUUAAGGAGGUGAUGGAGCGAGCUCAGCUGGACAUCUCAGAGCCGUACAAGGUUUACCGCCUCGUCCCCAUCAGCGAGCAGGGUGUGGUUGUUCCUGAAAGGAAAUGCAAAGUUAAAGCCACCAAGAGGCCGAAGAGAAGGAGGAGGAGGAGCAGCAGCAGUGAAUCAGAGAGUGAAGAUGACGUUCCGAUCAAACAAAUAAAGACAGAAGAGGUCACCUCACAGCAGUGUGUUGAAGAGCCUCAGCUAGAGAUCCAGAUCCCCUUCCAGACAGAUGAACCCACCCAGCAAACGACACCGACCAUACAGAGAGAUGUGGUGGAUGAGAUCAGGCUAGACGUGAGGAUCGAGGAGAGCGUCCCUGAAACAACAGGAGUCCAGGACUCUUUCAGCAUGACAGUUUAUUAUUCAGGACAAGAGGUUCUCAAACGUCACAUCCAGGGUGCUGAUGCGAGGAUUAUGUACCUCCCUUCCUCCCCCUCUCCCCCGACGCCAGCCAUCAUGAAGGGAAGGUUUCCACGCAUCCUGCUGCCAGAGCCAUCCUCACCGCUGCAGGCCUGCCCCAAGCUGCAGGCCUUGUUCACCCUGCUGCCCUUCAUGGAAAAAGGGGUGGUGCUGACGUCAACUCCGCAGGGGGUUUAUGGCAAACGCUUCUGCCAGGGGCGGGUCUUCUGGACAGGGCCGCACUCGACAGAGCCAGGGCUGCACAAGAUGGAGAGGACGGAGCCAGUGCUGUUGUUCAGUAAAGACGUGUUCAAACAACAACUGGACAUCUUUCGUUCCAGUGGCGGCGACCCUCCUCAGUGCGGCGUCACUUUGUGUUUUGGAGAGGAGCUGAGCAACACUGAAGACCCGUUCUCAAAACUCAUCAUAGUCAAGAUCACGUUCCCGUGGGCAGAGCAGCAGGUCCAGAGCGCUCAGUCCUUCUUUGACUCCAUCACCAUCCUCCAGUCUCUGGCCAGUCAGUCUCCGCUGGGAGAAAUUACCCUGAACCUCGUCCCUCUGUCUACACCGACGCCAGAGACCAUCGCCUGUGGGUCUGUUUGAGCUCUUUGCCUACUCAGAGGGGGUUUAUUCCAACUAAGAGACUUUUCUACACCACUUCCAAUCCACAACAUAAAACAAAAGUACAAGAGCCUAGAGAUAUGUAGACUAAAAGACAGUAAUAUGAACAAACUAGGAGUUUGAUCAUGUCACUGACAUCAAAUUAAGUUAUCUGGUCCUUUUUCUUUUUCCUAUUGCUCAGCUAGUUUUACAACAAAUCAAACUGGACUAGAAAACUAAAUAUGUAACCCUUUUGUCAACUAAUUUUCUAGGUUCAAUUUCAGAUAUGGUAUUAAAUUUUAAAUCCGUGGACUGAAAACACUAAAUGUAAACAAACACUGAAUGCUGGAUUUAUAGCACCACCAGUCCUCAGUUUUUAGAAUUAGCCAACUCUCGUAGCUAUUUCUAUAAAAAAAAAAAAAAAAAUCUAUAUAAAUAAAUCUAUAAUCUAUCUUUCACAGAAAAUGCACAAAAAUGCCAACUUAGGUUGCCAAAAGUUUCAUUAAUUGUAUAUUUUUCAAUCCCACAUUUUCAAACAUACCCCUCCCUUGAAUUUAAUGAUUGAUAGUAUAAGGGAAAAAAGCUAAAAAUAAAUAAAUAAAUAAACCUAAUAUUCAGUCCUACUUUAACCUUAGGCUACAGGAAAAGAACAAUAGAAAAGCCUAAGUACAAAUAUGUUGGCAGUGUUUCCAUACCAAAAUGUUACCUGUUUUUGUGCAAUUUAGAUGUUUUUGAAAUUUUUGUUAUUAAAAGCAAGACUUUUCACACUCUUAUUUUUCUUGCCACAUUAGUGGAAAGGGUAUCAAAACUUUUUUUUUCUAGACUGUGUGACAGUUUAUAAAUCCAGUAUUAAGCCAACCCCAAUGCCAUCCACGCUCUUCUUCAAGUUUCUUAAAUGUGAUUUUCUGAUGUUUUUUGUUUGUUUGUUUGUUUUAUUUAAUUAGAAAAAAAGAAGAAAGAUUAGGAGAGAAAACAUCACUGUGAGCUGUUCUUUAACACUUUACAAACUAAAAAAUAAUUAAGAUUAUAAAAAUUAAUUUAUUAACACCU